CCACCUUCCAACCACUUUGUGGCCGCAGCGCACGCUCUGGCACGCCUAGGUCACCUAUCCCUUCUCCGUCCCCCAUUCGCGCUCCUUCCCUGGCACCAGUGGGGACGAACCGUCCAUCCAGCUGGCCGCUCGGGCGCUGUCCCCAGUACCUCAAGUCCUGCUACAGGGUCUAGAACACCUGCCAGGGACUUUGACUAGGGCGCGCGCGCUCAACGCAGACAGGCACCCUCUCCACCACCCCUUGGUUCAUUUCUUGCGGUGACUCCCCUGCCCCCACCCUUUUUGCCAACUUCGUGACCGGUCUCUCUGCUGGGGUCACUCCCAGGGGGUGGAAGCCGCUCCGGGCAGGGGAGACCCGCGGUCGGGACUCACAGUCUGGCCGGUAGGAUCCUGCUGGGUGCUCUAGGGAGUGAGAGGCGCCAAGUGACACCCCCCAGUGGUCACUGCCCCGGCGGCGGCAGCUGCAGCAGCGGCAACUGCUCGCAUCCCAGCCCCGGCUCGGGUUACUCCCCUCCUCCUCCAGCAUCUCGGGCCAGACGGGGAAAGCCUGGUUGAAGUUUGCGACGAGUACUUCCCCGGUGCGCAAAACUAGGGGUCUGGAAACGCGCGGAGACCGGCCUCCUUUCCCGCGUGUCCACCUUGGAGCCUGACCCCCACCCCCAGGUAUCGCUCUCUUCAGGGACGCUACUUGGAGGCUAACUGCGCUGUUGGAAGAGAUUUUGUUUCUCGGCCGGCGUUGGGUGAAAACCGGGCAGAAAGGGUUGUGCUGCAAAUCUCAGGAUCUCGGGACCUGGGUUGUUCUUCAGUAAAAAAAAAUGGUUAUUUCUUUGAAGUCAUGCCUGAGCUUCAUUGGUUUAUUGUUAUGUCUCUGGAGCAGGACAGCAUCCUCGCUGAAUCUUGAAGACCCUAAUGUGUGCAGUCACUGGGAAAGCUACUCAGUGACUGUGCAAGAGUCAUACCCACAUCCCUUCGAUCAAAUUUACUACACCAGCUGCACUGACAUUCUGAACUGGUUUAAAUGUACGCGGCACAGAAUCAGUUAUCGGACGGCCUAUCGACAUGGAGAGAAAACUAUGUAUAGGCGCAAAUCUCAGUGUUGUCCUGGAUUUUAUGAAAGCCGGGAAAUGUGUGUCCCCCACUGUGCUGAUAAAUGUGUCCACGGUCGCUGCAUUGCUCCGAACACCUGUCAGUGUGAGCCUGGCUGGGGUGGGACCAACUGCUCUAGUGCCUGUGAUGGUGAUCACUGGGGGCCCCACUGCAGCAGCCGGUGCCAGUGCAAAAACGGGGCUCUGUGCAACCCCAUCACGGGGGCUUGCCACUGUGCUGCAGGUUUCCGGGGCUGGCGCUGCGAGGACCGCUGCGAGCAGGGCACCUACGGUAAUGACUGUCGCCAGCGAUGCCAGUGUCAGAAUGGAGCCACUUGUGACCACGUCACGGGGGAAUGCCGCUGCCCGCCGGGAUACACUGGAGCCUUCUGUGAGGAUCUUUGUCCCCCCGGCAAGCACGGCCCACAGUGUGAGCAGAGAUGCCCCUGCCAAAAUGGAGGAAUAUGUCAUCACGUCACCGGAGAAUGCUCUUGCCCUUCUGGCUGGCUGGGCACAGUGUGUGGUCAGCCUUGCCCUCAGGGUCGCUUUGGAAAGAACUGUUCACAAGAAUGUCAGUGCCAUAAUGGAGGGACGUGUGACGUUGCCACAGGCCAGUGUCAUUGCAGCCCAGGAUACACAGGGGAACGGUGCCAGGACGAGUGUCCCGUUGGCACCUACGGAGUUGGCUGUGCGGAGACCUGCCAAUGUGUCAAUGGAGGGAAAUGUUAUCACGUGAGCGGUUCGUGCCUCUGCGAAGCAGGCUUUGCUGGCGAGCAUUGCGAGGCGCGUCUGUGUCCAGAAGGGCUGUAUGGCAUCAAGUGUGACAAGCGGUGUCCCUGCCACCUGGAUAACACUCAUAGCUGUCACCCCAUGUCUGGAGAGUGUGCCUGCAAGCCGGGCUGGUCGGGACUCUACUGUAAUGAAACAUGUUCCCCUGGAUUCUUCGGGGAAGCUUGCCAACAGAUCUGCAGCUGCCAAAAUGGGGCUGACUGUGACAGUGUGACUGGAAAGUGCACCUGUGCCCCGGGAUUCAAAGGAAUUGACUGCUCUAUCCCAUGCCCGCUGGGAACCUAUGGGAUCAACUGUUCCUCUCCCUGUGGUUGUAAAAAUGAUGCCGUCUGCUCACCUGUGGACGGGUCUUGCACUUGCAAGGCAGGCUGGCACGGGGUGGACUGCUCCAUCAGCUGUCCCAGCGGUACGUGGGGCUUCAGCUGUAACUUAACCUGCCAGUGCCUCAAUGGCGGAGCCUGCAACACCCUGGACGGGACGUGCACGUGUGCACCUGGAUGGCGCGGGGAAAAAUGUGACCUUCCCUGCCAGGACGGCACGUAUGGGCUGAACUGUGCGGAGCGCUGUGACUGUAGCCAUGCGGACGGCUGCCACUCCACCACGGGCCACUGCCGCUGCCUCCCCGGAUGGUCAGGUGUCCACUGUGACAGCGUGUGUGCUGAGGGACGCUGGGGCCCCAACUGCUCUCUGCCCUGCUACUGCAAAAAUGGGGCUUCGUGCUCCCCAGAUGAUGGCAUCUGUGAGUGCGCUCCAGGGUUCCGAGGUACCACGUGUCAGAGAAUCUGCUCCCCCGGUUUUUAUGGGCAUCGCUGCAGCCAGACGUGUCCACAGUGUGUGCACAGCAGUGGGCCCUGUCACCACAUCACGGGCCUGUGCGACUGCUUGCCUGGCUUCACAGGUGCUCUCUGCAACGAAGUGUGUCCCAGCGGCAGAUUUGGGAAAAACUGUGCAGGGGUUUGUACCUGUACCAACAAUGGAACCUGUAACCCCAUUGACAGAUCUUGUCAGUGUUACCCGGGUUGGAUUGGCAGUGACUGCUCUCAACCUUGUCCGCCUGCCCACUGGGGCCCGAACUGCAUCCACACGUGCAACUGUCACAACGGGGCCUUCUGCAGCGCCUAUGAUGGGGAAUGUAAAUGCACUCCCGGCUGGACGGGGCUGUACUGCACUCAGAGAUGUCCUCUGGGGUUUUACGGAAAGGACUGUGCGUUGAUAUGCCAGUGUCAAAAUGGAGCUGACUGUGACCACAUCUCUGGACAGUGUACAUGCCGGACCGGGUUCAUGGGGAAGCGCUGUGAACAGAAGUGCCCUGCAGGAACAUAUGGCUAUGGCUGUCGCCAGAUAUGUGAUUGCCUGAACAACUCCACCUGCGACCAUAUCACUGGGACCUGUUACUGCAGCCCAGGCUGGAAGGGGGCGCGAUGCGAUCAAGCUGGUGUCAUAAUCGUUGGAAAUCUGAACAGCUUGAGCAGGACCAGCACAGCUCUCCCUGCCGAUUCCUAUCAGAUCGGGGCCAUCGUCGGCAUCAUCAUCCUGGUGCUGGUUGUUCUCUUCCUCCUCGCGCUGUUCGUUAUUUAUAGACAGAAGCAGAAGGGAAAGGAAUCGAGCAUGCCAGCAGUUACCUACACCCCUGCUCUCAGGGUCAUGAAUGCAGACUAUGCCAUUUCAGAAACACUUCCCCACAGCAACAGCGGAAAUGCUAACAGUCAUUACUUCACCAACCCCAGCUACCACACGCUUACCCAGUGCGCCACAUCUCCGCACGUCAACAACAGAGACAGGAUGACCAUCGCAAAGUCAAAGAACAACCAGCUGUUUGUGAAUCUGAAAAAUGUGAAUCCCGGGAAGAGGGGCCCUGUGGCGGACUGCACGGGGACGCUGCCGGCAGACUGGAAACAUGGCGGCUACCUCAACGAACUUGGAGCUUUUGGACUUGACAGAAGUUAUAUGGGAAAAUCCUUGAAAGAUUUGGGAAAGAAUUCUGAAUAUAAUUCAAGUAACUGCUCCCUAAGCAGUUCUGAAAACCCAUAUGCCACUAUUAAAGACCCACCUGUACUCAUCCCCAAAAACUCAGAGUGUGGCUAUGUGGAGAUGAAGUCACCAGCACGGAGAGAUUCCCCAUAUGCAGAGAUCAAUAACUCAACAUCAGCCAACAAGAAUGUCUAUGAAGUUGAACCUACAGUGAGUGUUGUCCAAGGAAUAUUCAGCAACAAUGGGCAUCUCACCCAGGAUCCAUAUGACCUCCCAAAGAACAGUCACAUCCCUUGCCAUUACGACCUGCUGCCGGUCCGAGACAGUUCCUCCUCCCCCAAGCAAGAGGAUGGCGGCAGCAGCAGCAGCAGCAGCAGCGAAUGACACCAAAGAUCUGCCUGGUAGCCACUGGAAGCUUCCAGAACUGCAGUUGGUUCUUCUCUAUCCUCGAGUUUGCCACCUUAUGGGAAUGUUCAUCUCCCUGGUAGGCAACUGUUGGACGUGAACCAGAAAGCUCAAAGCUGAGGCUGGCUGAUCGUAGGUCCUUCUUGUACUGGUGGCCUGGAAGGAGAUAUCAGUGUGACUUCCUAUUCUUCUUAGUUUUAGAACUGCGCUCGUGAAGCAUGACUUCCUAUAAGAUCUUGGCUAAAAGCAUGAACUUGUAGAAGUCCUUGGGAGGGAGUUGUGGGCUGCAGUGACAUUGGUGUUUGGUUGAACCAUUAAAAUCUGAGUAUUUUCUUUCUCAUUUGCAUUGCAGUCCUGUACCUAGGAUUGUGCAGUUUAUCAUAAAAUCUGGUGUGAAUCACUAAACAUGUAGAAGAAAAGGGGAGUAUUAUUGAGUCCUUACAUUUUUUUUUUUUUUUUGCACCUGGAUUUAGAAUUAUAGGGAUAAUAUGAACCCAGGAAGAAAAGUUCUGUCGAGUGGCAUACUGGAUAGACUUUGAAUAAACUCUAGAACUGGUUAGCAAAUUUAAAUAUGAAAACUUUAGACUUUUUUAGGAUGAAGAAAUAAAAAAUUAGAAUUAUUUUAGCUAUAGUAGCAUUAUUUCACAAAUCACUGUCCAGAUGUGGCAGGCAGAGGUUAAUCUUCUUUGACCCUUGGCCCACUUUAGAUCCGUGACAUCAUUCUGAUCCCUGUCCCCAUCAUACACAUUCACCAUGUAAGGUCCAUGACAUAUCAAUAAUUAUUUCAUAAAUACAGAAAAUAGAUUGUUUUAUUUUUGACAGACUGGAUUGAACGAGUGUAUAAUGAUUGGAAAAGGGUGUAAAUUUUAAGUGUAAGAAGACGUUUUGGUUUUGUAAACCAUUAGCGACACAUGCUGUAAUAUAGAAUUAGCAGAAAGUUUUGAUUAAUUUUUCCCUAGACGUGACCGAAAUAUUUUUGUGCAUAUUUGAGAAAAGGGCACUUUCCUUUUAUUAAUUGUCGAUUUAGAGAAACUAUGCUUAAGCUGGUCUUUUGCAUUGCUAAUAUGACAUGUACCCCGUUUUUCAUUAAUUUGUAUUUCCAUUUUUAAGUUGUAUAGUCUAUGUUUUGUAGUGCUUGGAUUGUUAAUGAAAAAAAAUUAUGUUAUA